GUAGCGUCAGUCUGCACCGGCUAAGGAAUCGGGUUGGAUGAUCAGUAUAGUGUGGUGCGCUUUACGAAAGGGGCUAGCGAGGACCCAGGACGCGAGACAGAAAGAAAAGGUCGUAAUGACGUUCGCGUGAGACUCGUGUACACCGUUGUGAAUCGCCGUCCGAGAAAUAUGCCGACUGGUAACCGGUGCUCGGGUUCGCGAUGCACCUUCGGUGGUGUAACGGUGCAGUGGAAAUUGGUGCUGUUUCUGCUAGUGGUCGCUGUCCUGUCUGACGUCUAUGCCGAGGGCCAAGGUCCGUCCGCGGAUUUCAGCAGGCACACGCUGGUCAGGCCACAGGUCUAUCACGGGAGAACCAAACGGGAGAUCUCGACGACCAAGGAAAACGACAACGACCACGCGGAUGUGCUGACAGUAGGCUUCGAACUGGACGGGGUCAAGCGGGUGCUCGACCUCAGGCUCAACACCGAUCUCAUACCGGUCGGCUACCAACAGAGACAUCAGCACCAGGGAUCGUACAAAGUCCAUGUCCCUGAGAAAGUCGAACUCUGCCACUACCAAGGCAGCGUGCGAGAGAUGCCCGGCUCCUGGGUAGCGUUGUCGACUUGCAGAGGACUGAAAGGAGUCGUCUUCGACGGCGAGAACCUCCACCACAUCCAGCCGGAGAGGGAGACCCUGGACUCGAGGCACUAUAUCUACAAUCAGAGGGAUCUCGUCGCCAAUCACACAUGCGGUUACGAGGGAACGCCGCACCAUGUUCUUGGCCCCGAGCACCGCGGGAUCGUCACCAGAGCCUCCAGGCACAAGAGAGCGGCCGAGGUGAUCCGAGGACCAUAUAACGCGAACAGACACUCCAGAUACGUGGAGCUGGUGAUGGUGAUCGACAAGAAGGAGUUCAUGGCGCUGGACGAGAAUUACGACAAAGUGCACCACCAUUGCAAAGACAUUGCCAACAUCAUCAACGCGCUGUACAUGCCGCUGAACAUAUUCAUCGCUCUGGUCGGCGUGCAGAUCUGGUCCGACACGGACGAAAUAACGCUGUCGACGAACGGGGACACCACUCUCUCGAACUUCCUUCGCUACCGAAGGGAGAAGCUGGUCCAGGACAUACCGAACGACAACGCCCAGCUGUUGACGCGGAUCACUUUCGAGGGAGGCGUGGUUGGUAAAGCGCUUAAGGGGCCGAUAUGCACGUACGAGUUCUCCGGCGGUGUCUCCAUGGAUCACUCAACAGUCGUGGGACUGGUUGCCGCGACCGUCGCCCAUGAAAUGGGUCACAACUUCGGCAUGGAGCACGAUUCUAGCGACUGCGAGUGUCCCGAAGAGAAAUGCAUAAUGGCGUCGUCGAGCGGCUCUGCUGGGCCAACGCACUGGUCUAGCUGCUCCCUGGACCACUUGGCUCUGGCGUUUGAGCACGGCAUGGACUACUGUCUGAGGAACAAGCCGCAGAAGCUGUUCGACAGCCCCGUCUGUGGCAACGGGUUCGUCGAGCCCGGAGAACAGUGCGACUGCGGCUUCAAGGAGAACUGCGACAACCCCUGCUGCAACGUGACCACCUGUAUGCUGCACAGCAACGCGAGCUGCGCCACCGGGGCGUGCUGCGACCUCAAGACCUGCAAACCGAAGACCGCGGGCACCGAGUGCAGAAGCGCGGAGCACGAGUGCGAUCUGCCGGAGUACUGCACAGGCCAGAGCGAGUACUGUCCCGUCGAUGUCUUCAAGAUGGACGGUGAGUCCUGCAACAUGGGCAAGGCUUUCUGCUACAAAGGCUCCUGCAGGACUCACAACGAUCAGUGCAAGUUGCUCUGGGGACCCACUGGCAUCUCCUCGGACUCGCAGUGCUACGAGAUGAACAACAAGGGUACAAGACACGGCAACUGCGGCUACAGACGUCUCGACACCAGCUACGUCAAGUGCACCGACCAGAAUCUCCUCUGCGGGAUGCUGCAUUGCAAACACUUGAACGAGAGGCUGGAGUUCGGCAUGGAGUCCGUUGCGAUUCUCAGUCACUCGUUCAUCAACAACGGAGGGAAGAUCAUCCCGUGUCGAACGGCAAUCGUCGAUCUAGGCUUGAACCAGGUGGACCCUGGUCUAGCUCCUGACGGUGCCAAGUGCGCGCCUGGCAAGAUGUGCGUGAACCAGAAGUGCAUGUCGGUGGCCGACCUGCGCGCGUCGGUGUCUGGCGGGCAAGCGUGUCCGAACAAUUGCGGUGGGAACGGCGUGUGCAACAGUUUGGGCCACUGUCACUGCAAUCGCGGCUUCCGGCCGCCCGACUGCACUCAGCCGGGCGUGGGUGGCUCCGAGGACAGCGGGCCGGCGCAGGAUCCGAACGCGAGGAACGACUUCGCGAUGGUCAUGUACAUAAUCUUCCUGGGCAUCGUGCCGAUGGUCGCAAUAUCUUCGAUCGGGAUCUGGCUCAAAGAGAAAAAGAGCGAUCGCGGCCACAAUGGGAUCGAUCGUCCGAGUCCCUUGCCCCGAACGAUCGAGACGAUCGAUUCUAGCCUGAGUCAGGACCCGGCGUGCGCGAGCUUAUUGCCGAAGCCGGAGACCGACGAGCGUUACAACAAUAAUCUGUUCGGCCAGUUCAAAGGGUUCUCGAUCACGCCGAUCAAGAGCCAGCAGAAGAGCAACGAGCCGACCAAGCCAGCGCCGCCUCCGCCCACGAUCCCCACCGUGGCGAUCAAAACCAACAUCAGAACGCUGCCGAAGAGCGCCGCGCCACGAAACUCCAUCCUAAACCCUUCGUCCGGGUACAACAACGAGGUGCCGUCCGCGCCACCGGCACCCAGCCUGCCGCCGUUGAACCCAGGCCGUCCUUCGAUCAGCAGCCCGGUCUUGGCAGCGACGACUUGCACCUCCGUGGAGGUGAUAUCAACCAAACCGCUUGCCCGGCCCUCUUUGGACGCUCCAACGAGACCGGCGCCCGCCCCGCCAAUUUCCGCCGAGCUCCAGCGGCUCCAGAGACCCAACAGCACUCCGUUGACCAACGUCCUCGUCACAGAACCCGAGAAAAGGCACGACAAGGGCGGCACUCUGAACAGGAUAGCCUCGAUCCUACGCCCGAGCUCCGGCAUCAUGAAGACGGGCCUGCAGAUAUCGCAGAAGGAGGAGAAGAACACGAACUCGCUGCCCAGACUGCAGCAUCACAAGGCCAACAAGCUGGUAAACAAAGAGAUCUUGAGGAACCUGGAGAUAUCGAACCCGAUUCCUCAGAAGGAGAUAGAGAUCCCGACCCCUGCGAUACCCGUGGUCUCCGCGGCGGAGACGGAGAAGAAGAACGUGGUGCUGAGGGCUCAAUCGAUGAGGGACAGCAAGAUCACGCCCAGGCCCAAUAUCCAGACCUUCGGUUCCAUGAGGCAGACCACGCCGGUCAAGAGGCCCACCAGCAUCCCCGCGAGCACCAGGCCCACGGCUCCGCCGCCGGGACCUCCGACGAUCUCCAACUCCGCGGAGAAGAUGAACGAAACGGGCAAGAUCCCCGGGCUGCCCGGCUAUCAGACGCCGCAGGUCAAGAGCUCGCAGAAGAUCGUCGACGACACGUACGACGACUGCAUGAAUCUGGUCCCGGAGUCCUCGCUGACCAAGAUCACCGAGGAGUCGCCCACCAGCGACAACAUCUACGCGGUCAUCGAGGAAACGUUGCCGGAAAAAGCGAGAAAGAACCUCGCGGAGCAGCAGCUGACCGUCGACAAGCGGCUGGACAACGAGUACAAGCUCCCGAAGCCGGUCGAAGCCUCCGCGGCCGCCGCCGGCGUCGAGUCGAUGGGUCUGCUGUCGGAGAUCGUCUCGGAGAUCUCGAACCGGAACUUCGACUCCAUCUACUCGACCGCCACCCUCUCGCGGAAGUCGAAGAACAACGAGGAGGCGGCCAAGACGCCGGAAGAAGCCUACGUGAACUCCGCUCACUACAAGUCGCCAGGCAGCAUCUACUCGAACUCCGCGUCCGGCAAGUUCAACUCGUCCAGCUCGACGACCAGCUCGGGCUACUUGAACCCCUCGGUGCUGAACGUGCCGCGACAGGAGCCCGAGAAGCCGGAGAAGCCGGAGCCGAAGCAGAUCGACAAGACCAAGCUGGCGUCCCUGAACUCGUCGAACCCGAACUUGAACGACGACAUAUCGAAGGAGCUGGGGAUGAAGCCGAGCAACGCCGACAAGCCGGCGAUUUCGUCGAAGACCAGGCCGGUCCAGCGAGCCGCGACGAAGACCGGGGAGGACACGGUGGAUGGUAAGGAGCAGCCAAGGCCCGUUCUCGGCCGGACAAAGACGCCUCCCAGCAUCGCGAAGGGAUCAACGGCGAAAAAUCCUGAGAACACGUUCAGGUCGAAACAGCCCCCCGACGGCAGCUCGAAGGUAUCGAAGCAAGGGUCCAGCGGGAACACGGAGAAGGAGGACUCUGUCACGAACGUAAAUAGAUUAUCUGCGAAAACUGUGCCUUGUAGCCCUAAGGAUAGCGGGGGUAAGUUCAACAGCCCGGACGUGGUGUCGAGCUGUUCGAGCUCGAACCAAAUCAGUACAAAGUCGCCGGACGUGCUCGGAAACAGCGGCAAGUUCAGCUUCCCGGUGAAGAGCGCGCAGAAGGUGCCCACGCUGCCGAGAGGCGGCAAGAGUCCCUCGACGCCCUUGAAGCCGCUCGGGAUCGCCAAGACGACCUCCGCCCCGGCGGAGAGGAAGAAGUCGCCGACGACCAGCGGGAACGCCGGCAUCGGCAAACCUCUGGCCUCCGUGAAGGAGUCGGUCUCGAAGGUCUCGCAGGCCAAGCUCGUUGCCCCAAAGGCAGAGACGAAGACCGAGACGAAGACGGAGACGAAGGCGAACCCGGUGCAGAGGGCCGCCGCCGGGAAAUCGAACGUGGCGUCGCUCCAGCAGAAGUUCGAGGCUAACAAGAACUCCAACGCGAACGCGACGAGGACAGUGGCCGGCGUGCACAAAAGGACGGUCGCGAAGACGGCAGAGGGGAAAAAGUAGAUCUCGGGAGCAGAUGUACUCGAAAUAAUCUAGUCUGUCGGUGACUCGCUUGUCGAGGGUGCGACGAGCACGAAUGGCGCUCGGAUAAGUGGUUCUAUGUCUCGAUCGUUCGAGGAUCUUCGGAGUAAGCUUCGAAACGACGAAGAAACGCGUCUUCUAUUAUAUUACCUGUCGGACUUCUCGAAGUGGUCGGAUCGAGAUUUUUGUGCUCGUUCCGACGGCAGCUCGUGACGGCAGCGACGCGCAGAUACGUACCCGGAACACGCCCGGUGUCUCGGAUCGCGUGCUCUUGGGACAGCCUGCCUCUUCUACCGGUGUACAUAGUAGUUACUUAAAAAUUCUAAUAUUUUUUGUAGAGAUAUCUCACCCGUAAUCCACGUGCAACACUAACGACCGACGAACAUGGGUUUGUUCGUGAGAGAAUUUUUUAACGAACGAGACGACUAAGCAUCGAUUUAUUUUCAAAAGUCCCGCGAGAAAUUCUUCAACUCUGUGAUAUACGUGUAACGAAAGAAAUAGCACAGAAACAUUGCGCCCGCGUUGGUGCCAACUGCUAACGCCGUUGACUGCCGAAUUACUGGUACACCGGGCUCGUGGCAGACCCCAAAACGGAAGGAGAAACGCCGAGGAACUUGUCGGAUCGAAUUCUGGACGAACGCUCCGUCGAUAUUUUAUUUUUAGCUAGCGUAUAAAAUAAUGGAAACGAGGAGACUUCAGCUUUUAUUGUAAACUGAGAUUAGAGAUACGACGUUGGGGUCCCUCGUGAUCCCGGUGUACCAGUGUUGAGGGUGAAGACCCCCGAAACCCCCCCUGAAAGUCAGAGCGAUUCUUCUACCCUUCCGCGUUCGGUCUACUCGUCCACAUGUAAGAAUAAAACCCUCGUCCAAUCCCUCGCGUUCCCCGCCCGACGCAUUCUCCACCGAUGCUUUUCGUUUCUAAACCGGAUCGCAGGAGGACCGACGCGGCAGUCAACCAGUUGAAAGAGACGAUAGCAGAUUAGAGACGCUCGACCAAAAUUUAUCAUUUUAUAAAGAUAGAGUUUUAAAGAGCGAAAUUAUAGCCCCGAGACAAGAAUCAUAUCGAAGAGAGCUCUGCACCUUUCCAAAGAUUAACCGUUAGAAUCCCCAAGCCACCGAGAUCACGAUCAUACGUACCAUCGCAGAACUUCGCGAUACGAGAUUCGAAAUUCGUUAGAGCGAGGUCCCUUUUAUUUUUGGAGUCCGGUUUGGUUUGAAAGUUUCUUCUUCGCAGGCAGCUGCAGUCGCUAGAAGCAACGCGAAAGACUUCGAAACGCAGGACAGAGUUCCUAAUCAGCUGGAAACAUGGCAACCCCCGUUCGAAUCCCGUAACGAUUAUAAUACAUUUAUUUGUGCAGCUCCGUAUUUGCCUAGCAAAACCAACGAGAAGAAAAUCGGAUCGAACAGAAUUUAAAACGUUAAACCAAAAAACAAAGGAGAAUCCUGAUUUGACUGAUAAACAUGAGAGAGAGAGAGAGAGAGAGAGAGAGAGAGAGAGAGAGAGAGAGAGAAAGAGAGAUAUAGCAGCGUGUAAAUAUGUGCAUAUUGUAACAUAGACGUAAGUCGUAUUUUAUACAACGUACCUUCGUGCCCAUGGAGUUCAUUUUCGCGGCCGGCUCCACCCCAUGGGAGCAGCCUAUGCGAGAUAUGCGACUUUUCAGCAUUUAGCUUUUUAACGGUGUCAAGUUCGAUUUGUUGUUAAGCGCGUGAGACUCGCCUGUACCAAAAAUUACAGAGAAAAGCAGAGGGAAAAGAGUAAUAAACGACGAGGAAAGAGGAAAUAGAAGAACACGCAACAGACCAAAAAACAGAACGGGAGAAAGAGAGCACAAGAGAAAGAAUAGAAAAGGUUUUAUUGAACGGUUGCAACGUGUUCGUGUGCAUUUGCCGAUUCGAGGCACAGCGAUCUCUCUCGCGAUCCACGUUCACCUGUAUACGAUUGUUCGCUUUUUCAUUUACACAGUUCCUAUGUACAGACGCGCCUGGAUAUGCGUUGGAAUUUUUCUGAGUAUAGCCGAGCAACCUCGGGUUCAAUAAAGCUUUUCAACAAUGUUCAAGCGUGUUCGCCGCCGCGUGUCAUUUGUAAAAUCGCUCUCAGCGCGCUUCUUGUUCCGCUGUAAAAGACAAUCAAGACGUUCCGUGCAGCACGCCACGUGUACGAAAUAAUGAAACGAAACGAAAGAAAACGAGACGGUAUCGUCACUUUUUCGAGCAGAACCUUGGCCUGUUUUCUUUUUCAAAUUGAUUGCGAUCGAUUGACCUCCUCUUGACCCCGGAAAAAUUCGUGCAGCGAUCAGGAACGCGCGGCUUUCUAUUGUUCGCGAGAACGUUUAACGAGCAUCAUCUUAUUCGAGGGAACAGGUCAACGAAACCGUGAAACGAAUCGACAAAAUUUGUUUGUUGCCCUUCGUCAACUUUGCAGCCUGCUACAGCCAACAGACAGCAUCAUUCCAUUAUGCAAUUAUGUUCGGUACCAAAGACGAACCGCGUUUCGCGCGUUCGAAAGGCCAAGAUGUAGACUACUUAAACCUUAAACGUUGUGUUAAUACUUGUACAAUUUCCAGUCUAUGGUAACGUUACAAUAAAUUCUUUAUUCCAUGCA